AUGGACAACUUCAAGAAUGCCGUCGAAACCAUCAUGACGCCCUCCAUGCCGGUGUUCGUGAUUGGCAUCGCCAUCGUGCUCCUUGUGCCUCUGAUUCUGCACUUCUACCUCAGCCAUAAAGGCAGCUACACGGUCCUGCCCUCAGUCCUCCUGGCUGGUCCCUCCGGCGCAGGCAAGACCUCGCUCCUGACGCUCUUCGAACGCAAAGCUCCGACGACGACACAUACAUCCCAGACUUGGUCGGCGGUCGAGCUGGCCAUCAACGAGGAGGGCACAUCCUCUUUCCGCGACGAUCUUGACGCCACUGGCAGUACCGCGAGAAAGUUUCUCAUCGUCGACACUCCUGGCCAUGGCAAGCUAAGACAUCACGCCUUCACGAGGUUGACUCCGCCCGCGACGGCGUCGGCAAAGCUGAAGGCGGUCGUGUUCAUGGUGGACGCCGCAGCGCUCUCCGAGCCCGAGGUCCUCGCCUCGACAGCUGCCUACCUAUACGAUAUCCUGCUGAUGCUGCAGAAGCGCAUGGGCAGCACCAAGUCGUCCAAGGCGCCGUACACAAUCCCCCUGCUGAUCGCGGCCAACAAGCUCGAUCUGUUCACCGCGCUCCCCGCUGCGUUGGUCAAGAGCAACCUGGAGGCCGAGCUCGGACGCAUACGAAAAACGAGGAGUAAGGGUCUGUUGGACUCCGGGGUGGGCACGGACGAGAUUGGGGCGGGCAGCGAGGAGAAUGAUGACUGGCUGGGCGAGUAUGGCAGCGGGAAGUUCUCCUUCAACCAGAUGCGGGAAUUCGACAUCGACGUGGACGUGAUGGGCGGCAACAUUCAGGGCGGGGAUGGCCCCGGCGUGGACAAAUGGUGGACGUGGAUUGGAGACAAGAUCUGA